GCGCGGCAUGCUGCUGUCGCUGCUGGAGCGCCGCCUGUCCGGACGCCGGACACCGUGCGCAGCGCCAGCGGACCCUCCAGCCGAGGCGACGCCGGCCGCAGCCGCAACGGCAGCAGGUGGGAUGAGGGCCGCCAUGGCGGGCGCCGGGCGCCGCGACGACGAGCAGGCUGCAGCCGCCGCCGCCGCCGCCGCCACUGCCGACGACGACUACGAGGCCGCACUCGCCGACAAGUGCCAGCGCGACGCGCAGCUGUACCGGCUGGGGGUGGCGCUGGGCGCGGCGCUGGCGGCCAGCUGGGUGCUGGGGGCGGCGGGGGCGUCAGUGGCGUGGCUGGUGCUGCUGCUGGCGGCGGCGGGCGCCGUCUGGAGGCAGUCCGUGUGCUCGCUGCUCGAGGCCGCUGCCGCCUUCGAGGCUCUGCGCGUGCGCAGGAGGCGCGCCCUGGUCGCCGGCGAGACCGCCGAGUGGCUCAACGUCGCCAUCAACAGGUGGUGGGUGCUAAGCUCAGACAGCGUAUUCGCCCUGGUAAAGGAGCAUCUGGAGCCGCUGCUAAACGACGCGAAGCCGGGCAUCGUCGAGAGCGUGGAGCUGCGGCAGCUGAGCCUGGGAGGCGGCAGCCCCGAGCUGCGCGCGGUGCGCCUGCUGGACGCGGCGGCGCUCCGCCCCCGCCGCCCGCCGCCGCCGCCCCGCCCCCGCCGCACCGCGCCGCGCGCGCAGCUCGCGCUCGAGGCCGACGUCGCCGUCGACAGCGACGACUUCUGCCUGCUGCUCAGGACCAGGCUCUUCGGAAAGGGAAUGGGAGUGGACCUAGAUCUUGCAGUAGAAAAACUAAACAUCAGUGGCAGGAUUUCAGGGACACUGACUCUCAGCUUGGAUGUACCAUUCCCACACAUUUCUCAUCUCAGCCUUACAUUUAUUGAAAAGCCUCAGGUGUGGUUUAGUGUGAGAAUACUGAAGUCUGUACAGAUGAUGGAGGUUCCAGUACUGAAAACAUGGCUACAUUCAUUGGUGUUGGAAGCUUUAGUGUCUGCAUUAGUGGAUCCUAGCUCUCUAGAGCUCAAUCUCUCUCCAUCUAAUGCACCACCACGUCCACCUGGUAGGGAUGGAACAGAAGCUGCCCAGGCGAAAGGUGUGCUUACUGUCACAGUAUCAGUCUUAUCAGGUGCCCAGCAGUGGGAAGACAGCACUGCUCCUCGAUGGCUAGUUCUUUCACUAGGCGGCCAACGGAGGCGGGUACUCCUGGGCACAGAACCCUGUUGUUGCUCAUUCCUUGUAGGUUCUCUGCAACAAGACAUUCUGCUUGUGAAAGUUAAGUCUAAAAAGCUUAUCAAUACAGUUACAAUCAUGCAGUCUGAGCUUCCAUUGGCCAACCUCAACCUGGAAAAUUUAACUAUUGUGGACCAUUUGCUGCAGAAGAAGGGUUCCAGCAAAAGUUCCUUUCCAUCAUUACCACUGCGUCUACAAUAUUCACCAUUGCCUGAUAUCAACCUUGACAAAGGAAAGGCAACACAGGCCCCUGAUACGAUGGAAGAGACAGUUGCAGGAGUACUGUUUGUAUUUGUACACUGUGCUGAGGGCCUUGUGACUUGUGAUACAGCAGAGUGCAACCCAUACUGUACAAUAUUCAGUAACCGCAAAAAGGUAAAGACUACACAUUAUCUGAAAGGCACUGCAAAUCCACGAUGGGAGUCACUGGCACAGUUUUUUGUGAAUGAUUAUAGGCAUGCUGCACUAUCAUUUGUUGUCUGUUCUUGGAGCCCACGGAAAAUGGCAGACACUGAUUUACUGGGAUUAGCUACUCUUUCUCUCUCACAGGGUGAUACCUGGGUUGUACAGAAGGCAUUACCAUUGUCUGGAAACUUGGCUGGUGGUCAAGUGCUGGUGUCAGUUGUUUUUUGGCCUGUUCCUUCAGUGGCUCAACAUGAUCCUCUCUCUACAGAAAUACAAGCUGAUGAAGAUGAUGCAAUAAGUGAUGGCCAUGGAAAGAGAAAUAGCAAUUCUUGGAUGCAACAGGCAAAAAUGCUGUUGACUCACAAAGAGCAAGAAGGACCUUCUGAUAUCAGCAGUCUUCUCAGUCAUGGAUUAGGCCUGAUGGAAGUCAACAUCAUCAGGGCUCAUGACCUUGAAUCCAAAGAUUUAAAUGGAUUUAGCGACCCCUACUGUGAGCUUAAGAUCAGUGGAGAAGUUAAAUAUAAAUCUAGUGUUAAAAAGAAGACUCUGAAUCCUUGCUGGGAUGAAAGUGCAAUCAUGGCAUUGCCUCGGAAUGGUGAAACACUUGAUGUGAUGCUUUGGGACCAUGACACAUUUGGAAUGAAUGAUUUUCUUGGAAGUUUAUCUCUUGGCUUAGAUGAUAUAAGAAGAGCUUCCUUGGGAGAUGAAGCACUUUUUUUCUCUUUGCAAGGUGUUCGCAGUGGAGCUGUGGAACUAAAGAUUAGAGUGAUUUCUGAAGACACUGAGUCUCAGAGCUGUCAUGCAAGCAGCAACAGCAGUACAAGUUCUCCCCGGUUACCAGUACGGCGUCAGAAUGAAGCACAUGUACCCCCUCCUGCCCCUCCCCGGACUGUCUCUUUGACUACACGGGUGUCAUCAAGACAGACAGGAGGAACAUCUGUUACUGCUGGUGAAUCUAAUACACAAAUGGAAUGUAAGCCAACACCAACACCUAAUGGUUCCAUGUCUAUAACAUUACCUGAAACAAGCCAUAUUCCACCUACUGUUCCUCGUCUGAUGGUAACAGAACUGGAUGCAGUUUGUGUAGGGGAUACAGGUACAGAAAGUGUGCAGCUGACUGAUUUGAGAACUGGCCUCACUGUAGACACCUCAGAUGGAAAUGUUGAAGACCCACCAAGUCCUGGAGAUGAAACAGCUGUAUUCAAGAAGUGUACUUCUGAUUACAGCAGCUUCCGUGUCAUGAAGCAAAGGAUGAAGCGUGGUCUACGUUUACGCCGAUUCAAAUCCGAGGCAAGUGUUCAUGCAGACGAUGAUGAGAUGAAGGCAGCAGCAGCAGCUGCUGCUGUGCCAGCAGCUAUGGCACUGAGUGUGGAGCCAAGUGGAGGAGGAGAAUCUGAUGCAACAGAACUUUUAGGUGCCUUAGCUCAUGCUGUUUCACAGCCUGAUAUACGAAGGCAGAAAACAGUACCACUUCCUCGACGGCCAGCAGAUCUCAAAGUUCCACCUCCUCUAAGACCAGAUCACUAUUCUGGAGUGGAAGGAAAAGUUGUUCAAGCACAAGGACUGCAUGUUGCCCGCAUUGCACAACUGUACUGCCGUGUUCGUUUUCAAGGAGUUUCAAGUCCUGGUGUGAGUCGAGGAGGAAACGUGGUGACUGGAGGGAGAACAGUGGCUAAAUCACGCCUUCUACCAGCUGUUCCAAAUCCCAGAUUUGAUUUAGCAUUCCAGCUGGACCAACCAGAACAGAUUCCUAGACAUGCUGUUCUAUUAUUUGAAGUAAGAGGAACAGGAAAGGAGCUUAUAGGAGCACGGAGGGUCACUCUUCAAGAUCUGCUUUCAGCAGCAGCAUCUGGUUCAAAUGAAGUACACACGUGGCUUGCCUUGAAUAAUGGUGCCUCAUUGGAAGUGCAUGUAGCACAUGGACGUGAAUUAAAAAAAGCUGGAAGGAAGAUAUUCCGCAGUUGGUCUGUGCAUCGCAUUGGAAAAGUAUGAUGUUGUACAAAAGAUGUGCCUACACCAGUUUAAAAGUGAAGAGUGCCAACAGACUACCUAAGGACUGGCAGUUAAAUUUGGAGGGCUGUCCAGAGAACUUAACAAAAUUGUGUUGGUGAAUCUUUGUAGGCGCAUUAUUCAUUUACCUUUCCUUCAAACUGAACUGAAUGUGUUUUUGCAGUGCUAAUGUGUCGCAAAUUCUGGAAACAUGUCAAUGUAUCGGAGAUAAUUAUAAACUCUGAAAUAAUAUUUUAUUAAAUGUAAGCAUUUAGAAUCUAACAUUGGAAAGUCCAGGAUGGAAUGCAUUGAGUCACAGACAGUGCCCAGAGGCAGUAACCAUGUGUAUAUGUGACUUGUCUGAAUGUAUGAGAGUUCUACAUCUGAGGAAGACUUUUGUCUCACAGCUUAAAUAUUUCUGGUAUUCAUUUUCUUUGUGCCUGUCUGUGACUCAACACCUUCUCUGUGCAUUUAGCAUCUAAGCCACACUAUUGCACUCUACGCCAGUGAAAGGAACAAUUUCACACAGGAGUCUGUAAUUAUAUUUAUACUUUUAUUACAAUUUUUGUCUGCAUUAUACCUUUAAUUUAUUUAAUUCUAGUUACAUAAUGUGAUCUGACAUGCAGCUGUUAAGAAACAACUUGAAGGCAGUUAUCAAUACAGUUUCAAAUUAUAGCAGUACCAUCUGUUAUUGAUUU